AUGAAUCCCAAUGAGUGCUACGGCUCCCCCGAAGCUAUAGAGAACGCACCGCUCGACAGAUUGGACUGUUUCCCCAAAAUCUCAUACAAAGAUCCACAACUGUUGAGAGAACUACAGGACCUGCUCCUAGAGAUAGAUGCUGCAAAGAGUGAAAGUUACAUUCCAGGUCUACUCUACCUCGAUACAGCGAGAGGCAUUAAUCCAGUGGUGGAAAAACUCCCCUAUGCUAUGCAAGAAAAAUGGAUGAACUGUGGUUCUAAAUACAAAGAGGACCAUCGUGUGUCAUUUCCACCAUUCUCUGCAUUUGUGGCCUUCAUCGGUGCAGAGUUCCUGCAGAUCACUACAAAACCCCUGCAGGCGAAGUUCUUGGCUCAGCUGGACAAUUUAACAGACAAGCUGAUGCAAAAUUUUCAGGGGAGCAAAGGAGCAAAGGGCCAAAAGAUCAAGGAUAUCAUGGCGAUCAGUAGUUUGUAUGAUGACAUCGACAUAAAGAGGGAGCAUACUCUUAAAAGCCUGGUGAUCUACUUUAAUGAAGAUCCAGACCUACUGUUCAAGGAGUAUCUGACCUCCUCCACUGAGGAUGAACGGUUGAGGUCCACUGCAGCAACUGUCACUGUAUUUACACCAUCAGAAGAGAAGGGAUUCAGGAGCCAGAGGAUGUUGGAGUUGUCAUUGAAGGUACUACAGUUAUGAACAACCUCGGUAGUGUCAUCAUGGCAUUCAUCGUCCUCUUUGGACUGAUUUAUGCACUUGAUCUGAGCUAUCCAAAUGACCACAAGUACACUUUUGAGUUCUGUCAGAAGAUUUUGAUGAAUCUGGAUGGACAAAGGCUCAGUACAAAGAUGCAGCAAAUGAAAAUGAAGAUGUUUGCUUAGGCAAACAAGACCCAGCACAAAAGUUGAUUUUGGCCUUUUUAUAUCUUUUGUUCAAACUGUGACCUUUUUUUCUUUCUU